CGUGGCUCAGCCCACCAGUAGCAUGCAUUCCAUGUAAGCAUACUCUCAGAAGUCAAGAGUCCUCUUCUUCCCAUUAGUAUCCUUCUAACUUUACCUGUGCUCUUUACAAUUCAAAACUUUAAUAUAAAUAAUUAAAAUUCAAUUUUCUCUCUCCUUGGGUUUCGGAGAAAAUGGCAGUAUCGGCGGAUGGCCGGCUUGCGUUGUCGGCUACCGGAAAGUUGCAUGGCACUGGUGGAUUGGCAGGUAGAGUAAACUGGAGGAUUGGGAAGUUCUGUAAUGGAGAGUUGAUGGGGAAGAAAAUGAAGUUGAACCAACUUCAUCUAAAGGCUAACAACAAUAGUGUUAGACCUCAUGUAUGCAUGUCCCUUACUACUAGUGUUGCAGCUGAGGCCAAGUUGAGGGACUUGGACAUGGAAAAAAAAGACCCAAGGACGGUUGUGGCAGUCAUACUCGGAGGUGGUGCUGGUACCCGUCUUUUCCCUCUCACAAAACGCCGGGCCAAACCGGCUGUUCCCAUUGGAGGAGCAUACAGGCUGAUUGAUGUGCCAAUGAGCAACUGUAUAAACAGUGGGAUCAACAAAGUUUAUAUUCUCACUCAGUUCAACUCAGCAUCACUGAACAGACACCUUGCUCGUGCUUACAACUUUGGCAGUGGUGUUACAUUUGGAGAUGGCUAUGUUGAGGUUCUAGCAGCCACUCAAACUCCUGGUGAAGCAGGUAAAAGCUGGUUUCAGGGUACUGCAGAUGCAGUACGACAAUUUCAUUGGCUUUUCGAGGAUGCAAGAAGUAAGGAUAUUGAAGAUGUGCUUAUUCUAUCUGGAGACCACUUGUAUAGGAUGGACUACAUGGAUUUUAUUCAGAAUCAUCGACAAAGUGGUGCAGAUAUUUCUAUUUCUUCUCUGCCAAUGGAUGACAGCCGCGCCUCAGAUUUUGGUUUGAUGAAGAUCGAUGGUAAAGGGAGGAUCCUUUCAUUCAGUGAAAAACCCAAAGGAGAUGAUUUGAAGGCAAUGGCAGUAGAUACGACAGUUUUGGGACUGUCGCGUGAAGAGGCUGAAAAGAAACCAUAUAUUGCUUCUAUGGGGGUCUAUGUCUUCAGGAAGGAGAUACUUCUUAACCUCCUAAGAUGGCGGUUUCCAACUGCAAAUGACUUUGGAUCAGAGAUAAUCCCUGCCUCAGCCAGAGAGUUUUUCAUAAAGGCUUACUUGUUCAAUAAUUACUGGGAAGAUAUUGGAACUAUCAGAUCCUUCUUUGAAGCAAAUCUUGCACUUACAGCACAUCCACCAAGAUUUAGUUUCUAUGAUGCAACAAAGCCAAUGUACACAUCUAGAAGGAACUUACCACCUUCAAAGAUUGAUAACUGCAAGAUUAUUGAUUCAAUCAUAUCACAUGGCAGCUUCUUAACGGAUUGCUUCAUAGAGCAUAGUGUUGUUGGCAUCCGAUCCAGGAUAAACUCCAACGUUCACCUAAAGGACACUGUCAUGCUUGGGGCCGACUACUACGAAACUGACGUUGAAGUUGCAUCACUGAUAGCUGAGGGAAGAGUACCUACUGGGAUAGGAGAAAAUACAAGAAUCAAAGACUGUAUCAUUGACAAAAAUGCAAAAAUCGGAAAGAAUGUUGUUAUUGCGAACUCAGAGGGUAUACAAGAAGCUGAUAGAUCUUCAGAAGGGUUUUACAUCAGAUCAGGCAUUACAGUCAUACUAAAAAACUCAACAAUCAAAGAUGGAUCUGUGAUAUGACAAGUAUGCACAAAGUUUUGGUCCAGAUUGACUAAUUAGGCCAGGAAUCAAGGAAAUAACUGCGAGAUACAAUAAUUUUUAUUAAUGGCAGGAAAAUGCAACAAGUUUGAAAUGAUUCCAAGUUAUAUCCAUCAUGUGAAAUGCACAUUUUUUUCUUGAUGGUUUGUAUUAAGGCAUUGUACUUUUCCAAUGUGACUCUAUUUCUUGAGAUUUUGGGAGCAAAUCAAAGGGUCAAGCAUAAAAAAGGAGAAAACUAUUAAUUUGGAAACUCAAAUGAAGAUGAAGGGAAUCACUAGAAAUUCUUCAAAAAUGAAGCUAUGGUGGUUUUGACAUGGCAUCUUACAUGAGCUCAUUUAUUUUGCAUAGCAUUUUAUAUUUUCUGUAAACAUAUAGCAUUCAAUCCUGUAAAGAACCUUUCUUAUUCUAAUGGUAGAAGAGGGAAAAAAAAAGAGUAUGAAGCUCUCAAUAAUUGAUGCGGGUGGUGAGACUAGCUAAAUUUCCUAUAAUUUUGAUAACUUAAAAAAAAUUAGAGAGUGAAACAGAAUAAUCUGAUCAAUUUGGGAAGGUUACCUACCACUUACCUGUCCCA